GGAGAUAUGCAAAUAGAUUGAGUUUAUAUAGUAACCCGUCACUCCUCUGUGUAACGAGUGGAUGCAAAUGGUCCAAAAGUAGCCUACGUUUCGGUACCACACAAAAGGAAUAGCAGCCGUGGGGACGAGGCAACAUAUAGUACAGGCUACAUGCGGUGGCCAGGCUUUAGCUUCGCUUGAUUUUGUUUCACUGACAACUUUUAUAUUGACUUUUCUCAUGGUGGUCUUUUUAUAUGCUCCUCGUGGAGUGAGCAGACAUCGUCGGGGUUCAGCUUGUUGACUGUCACCUUCUGUCCAGAUGGAAUACAGCAAGACCAUGGCUCCGCCAGUGCCGCCGCACAACACCAAGAGUUCCCGUCCAGGACAGGGCCAGGAGCGGGUGCUGAAGUGCGUACUGCUUGGCGAUGGAGCGGUGGGCAAAACCAGCUUGGUUGUCAGCUACACAACGAAUGGAUAUCCGACGAAAUACGUCCCGACCGCCUUUGACAACUUCUCAGCCGUAGUACAGGUGGACGGAAAUCCAGUCAGACUACAACUGUGUGACACCGCAGGACAGGAUGAGUUUGACAAGCUGCGUCACUUCUGCUACUCUCGGACGGACGCGCUGCUGCUGUGCUUCAGCGUGGUUAGCCCCGCCUCCUUCCAGAACGUCUGGGAGAAGUGGGUCCCUGAGAUCCGCCGGCGUUGCCCGCUCACGCCUGUCCUCCUCGUGGGCACGCAGUGCGACCUGCGCCAGGAUGUCAAGGUUCUGAUCGACCUGGCGAGGCGGAGAGAGCAGCCGGUGGCGGAGGCAGACGCCCGUGCGCUGGCGGACAAGGUAGGCGCGGUGACCUACGUGGAGUGCUCGGCACUGACCCAGAAGAACCUGAAGGAGGUGUUUGACGCCGCCAUCGCCGUGGGCCUGCGGAACUCCGAGCGCAGGGCGAGGAGGGAGAGGAAGGUGAGGAGCAACGGCCGACAUAUGAAGAUGCUCUCCAAGUCCUGGUGGAAGAAGUACGUCUGCGUCCAAUAGA